GAGCUGCACGCCACUUACCUAGUACGUGUGGUGAAGGAGAGUGGUGGUUUCUCUGCAAGCAGCGAGGGCAUCAUACUACUGGGUGUCAGAGAAUAUGGCCCUCAACCUGAAACCAGCAAAGAAAGUGCUUUUUUAUUUGGGAAAAACCUUGUUUUAUGUUCUGGAGACAACAAUUUUUGCUGUAAUUCCAAAACAACCUAAGAACGUUGCUGGUGAAAUUGUGCUUAUAACAGGCAGUGGGAGUGGACUCGGAAGGCUCUUAGCCUUGAAAUUUGCCAGUCUAGCAUCUGUGCUUGUUCUCUGGGAUAUCAACAAGGAAGGGAAUGAGGAGACACUCAAGAUGGUCCAAGAAGCUGGAGCCACAAGAGUUUAUGCCUAUACCUGUGAUUGCAGUCAAAGGGAAGAAAUAUACAGAGUGGCUGAUAAGGUUAAAAAAGAAGUUGGAGAUGUUUCCAUCCUAAUCAACAAUGCUGGAAUCGUGACAGGCAAAAGUUUCCUUGACUGCCCAGAUGAGCUUAUAGAAAAGUCUUUUGAUGUGAAUUUCAAAGCACAUAUAUGGACUUAUAAAGCCUUUCUACCUGCUAUGAUCGCUAAUGACCAUGGGCAUUUGGUUUGUAUUUCAAGUGCAGCUGGAUUAGUUGGCAUAAAUGGACUGGCAGAUUAUUGUGCAAGUAAAUUUGCAGCUUUUGGAUUUGCUGAAUCUGUAUUCUUGGAAACAUUUGCCAAGAAACAAAAAGGGAUCAAAACCACUAUAGUGUGCCCAUUUUUUAUAAAAACUGGAAUGUUUGAUGGUUGUACGACUGGGUGUCCUUUACUGUUACCUAUUCUGGAACCAGAAUAUACAGUCAGGAAGAUAGUAGAUGCAAUCCUGCAAGAAAGAACCUACUUAUAUGUCCCAAAGGUGUUAUACUUCUUGAUGUUUUUAAAAAGUUUCUUGCCCAUCAAGUUGGCAACACUUCUAGCUAAAAUUUUUGGCGUCCUCAAUGCAAUGGAUGGCUUCCACGGCAAAAAGAAAAAACAAUGAAGGCCAACAUUGUGGCUGAUGUCAUCUGAUACCUAAUGUCACAAAAUGUUUAUUUCAAUGAAGAAAAGUAUUUUUAUACAAUACAAGUACCAUUCUUAUUCUGUUAUCUAGACCAGUACUUUCAACCUAUGUUUUUAUAAAUAAUGUCGCCAAUCUGAUUUUUUGUUGAGUAUUGGUUUUCAAUUUUAAAAAUGGCCCAUUUCUGUCAUUUCUGUUUGCAAUGGAUAACAGAGCGAAAUAAACCUCUUGUGAACUGUUCUUCAC